UAUUCAUAACGCUCCCAGACGCAGGUGUAGACCAGGCUACCUCUUCAUAUGCUCUGCACUCUUCUUCGAUCAAUACCUACACUUCGAGACCAAGGAGCUUCGGGAGGAAUUACCAGCCGGAGAAUGGUUUCACAAUGUUAAUUGAUAUUUGGUGUGGUUAUUUUGUUCUCUCUCAUCCAUACUUCCCGAGCGCAAAUGACUUGACAUGGAUUGUGGUCGCAGUUAGGGACUUUAUUUGUGGAAAAUAGAGGAAGAAUUUAACACGAUGACUGACCAGUACAGUAUGUUUCUUACCACCGCUCCCCCUCUGAGAAGAGGAAGCACACCUCUACCAAUCAAGCACCAGCUGAGGCGGGAGGAGGCCGUAUCAGAGGACCGUGAUUGGAUACCAGGGAUGGACAAACCAUCCACACUGCCAAUCAGUGACACUCUUUGCCAGGAUGGAUCAUUUGGUCAGGCGGCGGAGGGGUAUCAUGGGAGUGCUAUAAGGAUCGUACUACUUGGGCAGAAUGGGGUUGGAAAAUCAUCGCUGGCUCUGUCCCUGGCUGGACUGUCAGACCGAUCUCUUUCGGUGGACUCUGAAACAGCCUGUGGAGAAGGCUACGAGCGCACAGUGUCCGUUGACGAUGAGGAGAGUUCAGUCAUCAUUUAUGACAACUGGAAACAGGACCUGUCCUCGCUGCAGUGUGAGGUGGUUGUCCUGGUGUUCUCGGUGACUGACAGGAGGAGUUUCCAGCGCACUGCACAGCUCCGCCUCAUCCUCAGGGAGUCAAUGCCCCACACUCCCAUCAUCCUCGUGGGCAACAAGAGUGACCUUGUCCGUUGUCGAGAGAUCAGCACAGAGGAGGCCCACUCCAGUGCCAUGAUGUAUGACUGCCAAUAUCUGGAGCUGUCUGCCUCCCUGGACCACGGCACCACCGAGUUGCUGGAGGGGGCAGUGAAGGCUGCCAGGGGUGACUGCGUGGGGCCAGGCUGGACGGAGGGGGACCCCGGGGCGGGGCGCAGGGAGAGCCUGACCAGCAAGGCCAAGCGCUUCCUGACUGGCCUGGUGCCACGCUCCUACGGCCGAGGAGACAGGGACCGAGGCCAAUACAGGGAGAUGAGCAGGCACCGGGGGAGCAAGAUCCUCCGACAGAAAUCACGCUCCUGCCAUGACCUCAGUGCAAUGUGACACAUCAGACAGACAGAGAGAGGGGAUGGGAGGUGUGUGAAACGGGGAAAGAAUGAAGGAGGACAACAGGGGAUGGGAGAUAAAUUAUAGAAGGGGAAAAUGAAUAGGAGGAUGGUGAGAAGUGGAGAGAGAGAGAGAGAGAGAGAGAGAGAGAGAGAGAGAGAGAGAGAGAGAGAGAGAGAGAGAGAGAGAGAGAGAGAGAGAGAGAGAGAGAGAGAGAGAGAGAGGGUGAAGUCAUCAGAAUUGCGAGAUGAGAUGGAUACGAGACGACUCAUUGCGCAAUGAGAGAGAAAAAAAACAAAGAAGAGUGAUAUUGGAGAAAGAUUAAUGUAUCAAGAAGGAAAAACGGUGAUUGGAAAAUGUGCAAGAUGGAAAAGAAUUGCUCACAAAUUAAUACACCCAAGAGGCAUGUAGUGUCUGAUUAUGUAGAGACUGAUAUAGAUCUAAUGUACACCUAAUGAUAAUGUAGAGACUGAUAGAGAUCUAUUGUAAACCUAAUGAUAAUGUAGAGACUGAUAGAGAUCUAUUGUAGACCUAAUGAUUAUGUAGAGACUGAUAGAGAUAUAUUGUAGACCUAAUGAUUAUGUAGAGACUGAUGGAGAUCUAAUGUAGACCUAAUGAUUAUGUAGAGACUGAUUAUCUAAUGUAGAGCUAAUGAUUAUGUAGAGACUGAUAGAGAUCUAAUGUACACCUAAUGAUAAUGUAGAGACUGAUAGAGAUCUAUUGUACACCUAAUGAUUAUGUAGAGACUGAUAGAGAUCUAUUGUAGACCUAAUGAUUAUGUAGAGACUGAUGGAGAUCUAAUGUAGACCUAAUGAUUAUGUAGAGACUGAUUAUCUAAUGUAGAGCUAAUGAUUAUGUAGAGACUGAUAGAGAUCUAAUGUAGACCUAAUGAUUAUGUAGAGACUGAUAGAGAUCUAAUAUAGACCUAAUGAUUAUGUAGAGACUGAUAGAGAUCUAUUGUACACCUAAUAAUUAUGUAGAGACUGAUAUAGAUAUAUUGUAGACCUAAUGAUUAUGUAGAGACUGAUGGAGAUCUAAUGAUUAUGUAGAGACUGAUGAUCUAAUGUAGAGCUAAUGAUUAUGUAGAGACUGAUAGAUAUCUAACGUAGACCUAAUGAUUAUGUAGAGACUGAUAGAGAUCUAAUAUAGACCUAAUGAUUAUGUAGAGACUGAUAGAGAUCUAACGUAGACCUAAUGAUUAUGUAGAGACUGAUAGAGAUCUAAUAUAGACCUAAUGAUUAUGUAGAGACUGAUAGAGAUCUAAUGUAGACCUAAGUCCCUGUUUAAAAGCAUGAUGUUACACAGUGAAUAGAUUUGCAGUGAUAAGACUUGCCCAGUAGGCUCAUAUAAUUAUAAUAACAACGUCCUGGAUUUACUUCUUAUUGGCCGGAAGCUAUGGUAUACUAUCCCUCCCCUGAUCUCCAAUGCAAUGCCCUUUUCAAAAGCCUCAUCUUGCACUUUUUAUACCGAUCAGAUUUAAUGUCGCUGCUGCAUAAUCCCUUUAUAUCAGGUAUUGCUUUUGGAGAUAAUUUUUUUCUGUAGUGUAGGUAGUGCUCAAUAAUCCCAUAUAUGAGAAAACUUGGUUGGAGCAGGUCAUAUAUUACAGGAGCUAUUUUGAAAGUGAAUGUAAACUCAAGUCUUGCGGUUAUAUGGAAUCUGGCCACUUGUCCCACUACACUCUCCUUUACAUUGACUCAAUGCUAAACAUCCCGCACUCAAUCAUGAUCCUAUUUAAUUGGGCAAGGAGACAGAACCCAUAGACUGGCAGAAUCUACAGACUGACAGAACCCACAGACUGGCAGAACCUACAGACUGACAGAACCCACAGACUGGCAGAACCCAUAGACUGGCAGAACCCACAGACUGGCAGAACCUACAGACUGACAGAACCCACAGACUGGCAGAACCUACAGACUGACAGAAGCCACAGACUGGCAGAACCUACAGACUGACAGAACCCACAGACUGGCAGAACCCACAGACUGGCAGAACCUACAGACUGACAGAACCCACAGACUGGCAGAACUUACAGACUGACAGAACCCACAGACUGAGAGAAGCCACAGACUGGCAAGAACCCCAGACUAGCAGAAUCCACCGACUGGCAGAACCCACAGACUGGUAGUACCCAUUCCAAUAACAGCUGACUGAGGCUGAGUCAGAGCACAUUGGCUUGCUAGAGGAACACAGGAAUAUAUAUUAUACAGUGCCUUUCGGAAAGUAUUAAGAACCCUUGACAUUUUUCACAUUUUGUUACGUUAAAGCCUUAUUCUAAAAUUGAUUAAAUUGUUUUUUCCCUCAUAAAUCUACACACAAUACCCCAUAAUGACGAAG